AUGGAGGUGGAGGAGUACGGAGAGAUGAUGGAGAGCAUGGACGAAGUCACGUUCGCGCUCGACGGGCUCCGCCCCGGCGCGCAGAAGCGGACGCGGCGGGCCAGCCUCCUCGCGCUGCUCGGGAUCUGCGCCUCCGCUGAGCGCCGCCGGCCGCCGCGUGCUCAUCAAAGGCGCCUCCUUUCUCUUGCGCUCAGCCAAGAACAUCAAUUAGGUUCUUGUUUAUCUUUCCUGGCAAUCUUGGCCGGAAAUGGAGAAGCGUGA